UUUUGUUGUGAGGAAACUUCGAGGGUUUACUGACGAGAGAACCGAACAGACAAGAAGAGGAGAGAGCAUGUGCCCUUCAUCGUUCCCUACACAGUCCUCUAAUCAAGAUAUAGGUUCUCUAUAAUUCUAUUUGUUAACUAGGACACAGAAUCUGCCAAAGUGUUUUCUCAGUGUGUAUGAACAUGGAAGGGGAGGAUGCUAUACCUCAGACAAGAAAGAGAAAGGAGCGUAAGAAAGGCAAGAAAUGUGAGUUAAGCACUGGGGAAGAGUUGACUGAUGGUAAUACUUCAACCAGUAGGAAAGUAGAGGAUGACAAGGUAGAAACAAGGAAGGAUUAUUGUGAAAAGAAGAAAAAGAAGAAUAGGGAAAAACACAAAAAUGAGGACAAUGAUUUGGGAACAAAUGAUGACAAGUAUGCCUUAGUUGAAAGUGGAGAAGUGCGUGAGAAAAAGAAGAGGAAAUUGGGAACUAUGAAGUAUGGAGAGCCUAACGGUGAUAAUGAAGCCACCAAUGUGAAAGUCAACAGGAAGGAAAAGGAAAGAAAAAGAGAGAAGUUGAUGAAAGAUGAGCACCUUUACAAUGGAGAUUCUAAAGCCAUGGAAGGUAAAAUCACUCACAAGGAUACAUCUCUUAUUGAGUGUCUGAAGAACAAUAAUUUGGGGACAAGUAAAGAUGAGGAGUCAGAGGUUGCAGCUGAGGUGGGAUGGUCAACUGAUGAGAAAAAGAAGAGGAAAAAGGAGAAGCGGAGAAAGAAUAAAGAGGUUGUGGCUUCUACUUGGGUAGGUGAUAAAGAAGUUGAAAAUGAUAGCAAAACCAGGAAGCGGAAAAGCCCUGACAAAGAAGAGAGUAUGCGUGCAAAUGAGGGGGAGCGUGGGGGUAUAAUAAAAAAGAAAAAAGAGAAAAUGAACAAAGAAGGCAGCAGAAUUGAGUCGUUGAGAAUAAAAGGUUUCGAUGAAGUGUUUGCUAAGGGAAAUAAAAGCAUUGCAGAUGAAAAGGAAACUUCAAGGGAAAUGGAGUAUGCCAAAGAAGAUGGUUCAGAAAAGUUAAAAUGUACAAAAAAGGUGAAGAAGAAAGAAAAGAAAAAUACGAGUGAAUCUUGCUUUAAAGAAGUCAUUUAUGAGAAAAGAUGUAAUAAAAGAAAGGUUAAUAGAGAGGACAAAAUUGUUGCAGAUAAUCAAGCUCAUGUACUCCCCUGUAGUAAGAAUGUUUUGGAGAAGGAAGUGUUUGAUACUGAGACACAACAAAAUGAUGGCAAGAACAAGAGGAAGAAGGCCAAGGUUGCAAAGGAAAGGAUUUGUAAGCAGGAGGACAGAAGUGAAGGUUGCCAAACUAAAGGAACAUCUAAGAGGGUAAAGUUUUCAAGUCAUGUAGAGGUCUUCCCUCCACCUGAUGCCACAGACUUUGGGGAAGAAAACAAAAAAACGGAUUUGGUGCGUGGUAAGCGGUUCUCAAAGGAAGAAGAUGAGAUUGUCAAAAAGGCUGUUUUAAACUAUAUAGAGAGACAUAGCUUAGGGGAGGAAGGAUUGAAGAUGGUUCUACAUUGUAGAUUGUAUCCAGAAAUUAAGAAUUGCUGGAAAGAAAUAGGAACUGCAUUGCCUUGGAGACCUUAUGUGAGCGUAUACUACAGGGCACAUCUUUUGUUUGAAAGGGCUGAUGACAGAAAAUGGAUUCCUGAAGAAUAUGAACUUAUAAAGAGGGUUUAUGAAAAACAUGGAGCAGACUGGAAGAUGGUUGCUGAUCAACUUGGUAGACAUAGAUUCCAUGUAAAAGAUACAUGGCGCAGGUUGAAAGUGAUUAACAGGAGAAAAGGACAGUGGACCCAAGACGAAUACCAGAAUUUGUUUGAUUUAGUGAACAUGGACUUGCGCAUGAAGGCCUUUGAGGAAAGGAAAUCUAAGCAUGGCAUGUUACGAGAUAAUAUCCGUUGGGGAGCUAUUAGUGACAAGUUGGGGACUAGACCUGGUCAUCUUUGCUGCUCUAAAUGGUAUGGCCAAUUAACAUCAUACAUGGUAUCUGAAGGAAAUUGGGCUGAUGUUGAUGAUUAUCGGUUGCUGAAUGCACUUCUUAGCCUGGAUGCUUGCUGCAUGGAAGAUGUUGAUUGGGAUAAUCUCCUUGAGCACAGGUCCGGAGAUCUUUGUAGGAAACGUUGGAACCAAAUGGUCCAUUACUUGGGUGAGCAUAAGACCGAGUCUUUUGCAGAACAACUAGAAAUUCUCUCACAACGUUAUUGCCCCGAUGUACUAGAACCAAGAUUAGCUUAUGAUAGCAAACCUGUUAUCCCCUGAGGCUCACUGCAGAUCAUUGUUGUGUGUAUCUCUAUCUGCUAUGGCCUCUGGAGAAGGCAUUGUUAUUGUGAAUCUCGUGGCCUCCCUUUCUAUCGAACAAUUAAACCAUCCCUGUAAAUUGGAAGGACAAGAUCCGCAACAUACAUUUACCAUUGGAAGUAAACAAAAAAUAAAGUGCAAAAUAUGGUUUUGUGAGAUCAUUUGUUAUUUGGUUUGUAGUGCCGAUGCUUCUAACUUUGGUUGUGCAUCUAUAUACCAUCAAGUUGUCACCA